AUGGCUGGGAAGAAGAAGGACGUCAGUCUGCAGGUGUCCGUCACCAAUGAGGAGCAAUGGACAGAGGUGCUUGCUACAAAAGGGUUAACUGUUGUGGAUGUGUACCAGCAGUGGUGUGGGCCCUGUCGCGCAGUCAUCAGUCUCUUCAGGAAAAUAAAAAAUGAAUUGGGAGAUGACCUAUUACAUUUCGCCACAGCAGAAGCUGAUAGUAUUGAUGCUUUCGAGAAGUAUAGAGGGAAGUGUGAGCCUACAUUUCUGUUUUAUGCGGGUGGGGAGUUGGUAGCUGUGUUGAGAGGAGCUAAUGCUCCCCUGCUGCAGAAGAUGGUGGUGGAGGAGCUCGCCAAAGAGAAACAAGUGUUGGAGCAGGGAGUGGAACGCAGAGUGGUAAAAGAUGAAGGGUUGGUUGACGAUGAAGAGGAAGAGGCAGACACUGAAAAUCAUCUAAAUGAUGACGACGUGCUUGUUCCAGCCAACAAGUCUUAUACUGUGGCGAUCAUUAAACCAGAUGUUGUUGCCCACGGCAAAGCAAAUGAAAUUAUAAUGAAGAUUCAAGAGGCUGGAUUUGAAGUUUUGGCCCAUGAAGAGCGAACUCUAACUGAGUCAGAAGCAAGGGAAUUCUACCAGCACAAAGCCAGAGAGGAUUACUUUGAGGAGCUGGUCCAGUUCAUGUCCGGUGGUCCCUCCCAUGUUCUGGUCAUUUCGAAGACUGAGGGCUCUGGGGACGUCAUUCCAGCAUGGCGGGAGUUCAUAGGUCCCGCAGAUAUCGAACAGGCCAAGAGCGACAGACCAGAGAGUCUGCGGGCGCAGUACGGCACGGCGACGCUCUUCAAUGCCCUGCACGGCAGUGACGACUCUGACCAGGCCAGCAGGGAGCUAGCCUUCUUCUUCCCUAACUUCAGAAUGGCUUCGGACGCAGAGCCGAGCGAAACGGAAGAGGAGCCUGCGGAGAGGACGCUGGCUCUCAUCCGGCCGGACGUUGCCAGAGAAAAUAAAGAUGAGAUCCUUUCCAGAAUUCAUGCUGCUGGGUUCACAGUAGCCAUGCAGAGGGAAGUGAUGCUUUCGGAGGAGCAAGUCAGGCAGUUCUACAGUCCGCAUCAGGAUGAAGACUACUUCCCCGCUCUACUUAAAAACAUGACCAGUGGGCCCGUCCUCGCCCUUGCCCUGGUCAGGAGAGGAGCUGUGCAGCAUUGGAAGAGAAUGCUUGGACCCAAAGACAUCAGUCAAGCCAGAGAGGAGGAUCCUGAGUGCUUACGGGCCCAGUUUGUUGUGGAGAACGAACCCAUUAAUCAGCUCCAUGGUAGUGGGAGCUGUGAUGAAGCAGAGCAGGAGAUUGACUUUUUCUUUCCUCAAGAGCAGACCCUGGCCGUCAUUAAGCCUGAUGCUAUGGAGGGCCAUAAAGAGGAGAUCCUGGGAGAGAUCAGUAAAGGAGGGUUCACCAUAUCUCAUCUGAAAGAGACCGUCCUGACCAGAGAGAUGGCCGAGGAGUUCUACAGGGAACACAGGGAGAAGCCGUUUUUUAGUCAGCUGGUGGACUUCAUGUGUCGUGGUCCAUGUCUGAUGUUAGUCCUUACCAAAGAGAAUGCGGUGGAGGAGUGGAGGGCUAUGAUGGGUCCCACUGACCCUGAAAAGGCCAGAGAAACAGCCCCACAGUCUUUACGGGCUCGCUUUGCGAAAGACGUCCUGGAGAACACGGUGCACGGCUCCUCCGACCAGCAGCAUGCGGCAGAAAAAAUACACUUUAUCUUCGGCGACAUCUCUGCAGACAGCGAUGUUCUGAAUGAGGCGGACGUGGUGUCUCCUCCGCUAGAGGAGCAAGACAGCUUUGCAGAGCUUAAGCAACUUGAGGCAUCAAGAUCACCUUCCUCUGCUGAACUGAGGCAUCUAACAGAGGCAAGCAGUGCAGGUGAGAAGAGCAGAUGA